AAAAAAUUGCCUUUUCGGUUUGUGAAAUUGUUAUAAAUUUAAUAUUGUAAUGUUCAGAUAAUUUUUAAUUGUUUAUUUGCUUUCCUUCCAUUUGACCUUUACAAUGUCUAUAUCAAAGGAAGAAUUGAAACCGCAAGUGGACAGAAUUGUACAAAAGUUCUUGGGUUUUAAUGAACCGUCUUUGGUGUCUGUGGCUGUUCGUUGUGUAGUGAAAGGCUAUGAUGUGCGCAAAACUAGAGAUAAGUUGUCUUCAUAUUUGGAUGAUUCUAAAGCAGAAAAACUUACUGAACAGCUUUUUAGAACGUUUAGCACUGAUAAUGAUGCAAAACGAAAGAGUAAAAAACGACAUAGAGAUGAUAACGGAACUGAGAGCAAAAAGUUGAAAGUUGAAGAGCAUCCAAAUCUUCCAUUGGCAGGCCAGCCUAGCCCAGGACAGUUAACAACAAUGCAGAUUCAAGAAAUGAUGGCCAAUGCUCAACGAAUGAUUGAAGAAAGAAAAAAACAAAUGAGGUUGUCUGGACCUUUAAAUCAAACACAAAUAUCUUCAAGUGCUGUUGUUACCGGAGCACCAACUGUAAAUACUGGUGAUUCUUUGCCAUCUUUAUCAGAGAAUAAAGCUCGAAUCGCUCAGUUAACUGCAAUGAUUCAGGCACGAUUGAGCUCAAAGCCAACUUUACUAACUAAUUGGAAACCUGAUGAUUCAAAGCAACACAAGCCAGCUCCACUUAUUUUGGAUUCAGAAGGAAGAACUCUGGACAUGACUGGGAAAGAAGUGCACUUGACUCAUCACAUGCCAACUUUAAAAGCCAAUAUUAGAGCUCAAAAAAGAGCUCAGUUUAAAAUGAGUCAAGAAAAAGUGAUGGAGGAGCUAUUUGAACAGAAAUUUUAUGAUCCUCGUGUAAGUGCUAAAAAUUUUCAAAGACCCAGAAAAGGAUUCAAAUUUCAUGAUAAAGGGAAAUUUGAACAACUGGCUCAAAGACUAAGAACUAAGGCACAAUUAGAGAAAUUACAAGAAGAAAUUGCUCAAGCUGCUAAGAAAACAGGCAUUUCUUCUGCUACGAAAUUAGCCCUCAUUGUCCCGAGAAAAGAAUAUAAAGAAGGAGAAGUGCCUGAGAUUGAAUGGUGGGAUUCAUAUAUUUUACAGAGUGAUAAUUACAACAAAUAUGGUCCUGACUGUAAGCUUGAAGGUGUGACAGCUUUAGUAGAACAUCCAAUCCAAAUGAAACCACCAUCUGAUUCUUCCCAACCUGUGUUCAUACCGUUGUAUUUAACAAAAAAGGAGCGAAAGAAAUUAAGGAGACAAAAUAGAAGAGAAGCAUGGAAAGAAAAACAAGAAAAAAUUAGACUUGGCUUAGAACCACCUCCUGAGCCCAAAGUUCGAAUGUCUAAUUUGAUGAGAGUACUUGGAAAUCAAGCUGUGCAAGAUCCUACAAAAGUAGAAGCUCAUGUACGAGAGCAGAUGGCUAAACGUCAAAAAGCUCAUGAAGAAGCUAAUGCUGCUCGCAAGUUGACUGUUGAACAAAAGAGAGAAAAAAAAAUACGAAAACUCAAAGAAGAUACUUCAACUGGUGUACAUGUUGCUUUGUACAGGGUUUUGAAUUUAAGUAAUCCUGCAAAAAAGUUUAAAGUUGAAAUGAAUGCAAAGCAAUUAUUCAUGACUGGCUGUGUUAUCCUGUACAGAAAUAUAAAUAUAGUUGUUGUAGAAGGAGGUCCAAAUCAACAGAAAAAAUUCAAGCGUUUGAUGUUGAACAGAAUUAAAUGGAAUGAAGAGCAGGCUACAAGAGAUGGAACUGAACAAAGCGAAAAAGUAGAAAAUCGUUGCAUGUUAAUUUGGGAGGGUACUGUUACUCACAGAUCAUUUGGUGAUAUAAUGUUCAAAUUAUGCCCCACUGAAGCAUUUGCAAGAGAAUUUUUUAAGAAACGAGGUUUAGAACACUAUUGGGAUUUAGUUUAUGGAACCUCUGUUUUGGAAGCUGCCGAAGAUGCUUAGUCAACUACAAAAAUAUUUCCUACUUUGAAGAAAAAUCAUUUGUAUUCAUUUGGCAUAAAACUUCUACUGUACAGUUUGUAUUAUUAAAGAAUUAUUCUUUUUCUGUU